AUGCCGCAACUUAAAAGUGUUAAAUCGCUGUCGAAAAUCUGUGUCGAUUUUAUUUUGGACAAUGAAAAUGAUUUUCGUAAAAAAGUUGGUAUGGACUCACCGAAUUUUGGAAAAAACACGACGAGCAGUCCGUUUGAGCAUUUGCCCACAGUUGUGUUGGAAGAACUAGCCAAAGAAUUCAGAGAAAAGUUAAACAAAUACUCUUCCAGCAUUAACAAAGUGGUCCUCAAAUUUGUCGAGCUUAUGAUAACUCCACACCUACAAACAUUGGAUCUUAGAUGGUGGAGAGGAAAUAUCAAUGUGCUCCGAUUGGCUGGAUUAAAGAUUCCGAACUUGAAGACGUUAGUGCUUGGUUAUUCCCGUGAUAGCAAAUACUACGGAGAAUUUUUGAAUUGCAUUCCCAAGUUUUCAAAGCUUCAAUUUUUGGAGCUGUCACUUUCUGGAGCUGGAGACGAUUGCAUGAAGCUUCUUGGAACCUACUGCACAGAAUUGAGAAAACUAUAUGUCGGAUACAGCGAUGUGUCAGAUGAUGGAAUUCGGGGGUUGUGCGUCGUUGGAAAUUGCAAAUCCAUAUGUGCACUAGUACUGGAGGGAUCAAAAGUAACAACUGAAGGGAUUCAAUUGGCACUUUCAAAUUUACCUGAGUUACAGGUAUUGUAUCACACAUCCAUUCUCGAAUGUCCGCAGAAAUAG